AUGAAGGUAUAAAGACGAAAGAAAGGGCCCAGCAGAUCAUGGACCAAUAUUUUGCUCUUACUAUCUUUCCCGUAUGUGUCAGCACUCAAGCUCUGAUCUAUUCACGGACGGCCCAUGGUCUGCGAGCACGGGUACCAUAUUAAUUACUCAAUAUCGACAGAAGUCGCCAAAAGAAUCCAUAAAUAAAUGCUUGAAUAUGCUUAAUCCCACAUUAGAAGUUGCACCACAGAGAAUUAUGCCUUCAAAGGCGACUAGUCUGAUUUUCGCUGUUAGUCUUUCAUAAUUAUAAAAAAUGGUCAGCGAAAACCUUAGUUAACUGGUGCUCAUCUGGUGCUCACUGGAGGCACAAAAACAAGAAAGGGACAGAUACCAAAUAUAAUCAUUUUAUGCCAAAUGCACAAAUUUCUUUUCAGUUCCGUCGAUAUAAAGUGUAUGCCAGAGAAAAUACACCAUAACAUUCAUCUUAAACUCGUUUGUUUUACUACACAGUUUGCGUCUUACUCUCAGUUUUGAAUUCGGGGGAAGGAUUCCACAUUCAAAUUGUGAGUGUUCGCGCGAAUUCAAUUCGAUUUUUUGGCGCGUUGCUUCUUGAAAUGGGUUUACAGCUGCUUUUUGAGGUAUUUACUCUUCACCUGUUCUGGCGCACGCAAAACAAAUUGAAAACCCCACAUGGACUUUCGAUUUUUUCCCUUGAAGGGCCGUUAUACGCGAAUAAUUUCGGUCCUUUUUCGUAUACGUCAGAUGGUGGAUUAUGACUGCAUGACAGUCAUAAGUGCUGUAUGCUUUAGCCUUUCAAUGUGAAAGAUGACUAAUGCAUCUCGGUGCUUGGUUGUCAUGAGUUUUGUUCUCCCUCUUGGGGGCGCACCCCCGUAGCCGAAAGUCCACUUGUGACGUUCCCCAGCAGUGUUAGUUAGAACAGUCGCUCGGCCUCGAUUAGGCUUUUCUCCUUACGGGAAUUAGGUGUAAGGCCCGGAACUUCUGACACCUUUGCUCAUGUCGCAUUUGUGUUAUCGAUGAAUUUGGAGCUCCCCACAGUUGUUAGAACUAAUUUGUCAUGCAUAUUUAUGUAUCAGGUUUCAUUACUGUCUGUCGCUCUGUCUUGUGACCUCUUAUACAACACGCAAAAUGUCGUACGUUUUUUAUGCUGCUAAGAAUACCUUGUGCAAAUAUGUAAUUCAGCCUUUCCUGUGGCUUUCCUUGCCUUACGCCGAUAUUUUCGCGAGUUGUGACUUCCCAGGUUUGUUCGUCUGCUGUUUCUCGCGGAAGUUCACAGCUGACGAGUAGUGGAACGUCCUGAGAUGAUUAAAGACAAUUCAGUAAAUUAGUUGAAAAAUCGGUAAGCAGACAGACGUAGAGCCGUGACGCGGCAGUUUCGCGGGUGGAGUAAGCACUAAACAAAUAUCAUUAAAGGACCUCAACGAAAGGGCAGCAUUAUGACCUUUUGACUCUUGGUCGACAUCUAAAGAAACAAUGAAUGGCCAUCGUCACCCGCAAAUCAUUCCCUUAAGAAAAUUCCCAAGUCUCCCAUUUUUCAUGCCCGACAUUCCUUAUGCGUCUUUACUUACAAGCGGGGAACAUACCUACAGUCCUUCUCGAUCGUCUAUUAAAGAAGCUAGUUUUCAGACCGGCCGGUGUCCCUUAUGUUAUCCUUAAAAGAUUGCAAAACGAUGUCAGCCUUCUCCAUUCUCAUGUUACCAUGCAUUUUCGUCUUCUUAAGAGCCCUUAUCCCCAAACCCCCAUUUUUUUUUUAGGAAAAUGAAUCAACAGCCCAUCAGCGUGAAGCUAACUAUUCCACAGAAAGUUGGAUUCCCGGGCCAUGCAAACGUAUACCAGGCCUUCCCAGCACAGGCGGGACCAGGUGGCCAUGUUAUCUUCCAACAAAAGCCGCAAGAAUUUAAUCAGAUGUCCGUCCCCUCACUGCUGACUUCAUCGGCUGUGCAACUUAAUACGAAUACUGCUGUCCAAUAUGCGCGGAAGCCGCAGGAAAUGACAAGUUAGUUCUUCAAUUUAUUUUCAUCUUUACCCUUUUUUCUCGGGUCUUACAGACCUCUCGCCUUCAUGAAUCACCUAGGUGGUAUUCACAUUGUUCAGUUUCCAUAUUGCUGCGGAUCAGUUUGUUUUGCGUAGGGCUUGCUGUAUAUUUGUAGGAAGUUGACCAACACACUGCCAGUUCAGUUUGUCUGUCAUCGGUUCUUAUCGACUUGUCGAAGAAAGCUAGACACUUUUAUCUAUUGUAUGAUAACCACUUAUGGUUAUUGAUCGCCCUUAACAAAAGAACAAAGUUACUCACCUGCCAGUGUUUUCUGUUAAUAUGCAUGUUGCUUUGUUUCAUUUGCAGUCGUCGGGCCGGGCGGCACUUUUAUGGCAAGCCCGUUGACACAGUCCUUUGGUCAGGUAGUCGGUCUCAACCAGUCAACCAUGCCUGGUAUGGCAGCCAUGCCAAAUCUCAUGGGUCCAAAUGUGGCCCUUUCGGCACCAUCCAACAUGAGCAGUCUAACUAAUCCCCGGAAACCGUGCAACUGCACGAAGUCGCAUUGCUUGAAGCUCUAUUGUGAGUGCUUUGCUCAGGGACAGCUGUGUCAAAAUUGCAAUUGCAACAACUGCAUGAACAACCUAGCCUAUGAGGAAGAACGCGGCAGAGCAAUCAAGAUGACUCUUGAACGGAACCCCAUGGCUUUUCAUCCCAAGAUUGGCCGUGGAGAGGGUGAAAGGAAGCACACUAAAGGCUGCAAUUGUAAACGAUCUGGAUGUUUAAAGAAUUACUGUGAGUGCUAUGAGGCAAAGAUCAGCUGCUCCGAUCUUUGCAGAUGCCAAGGUUGCCGAAACACAGAGGACAGCAUCGAACGCCGUUCUCUAAUGCGUCUGGCUGCCAUGGGCUCACUGAGGUCUCGCCAACCAAAUGCUUUCAAAAAGCAUCUCAUUAAACCACCUCCAGAAACGUAAGUCGCUAUAUUUUCAUUUUACAAGGAAAUUGUCAUCUUUGACAACUCAGUACCUAAUAAGUUGUGUCUAAAAACAGCUUAAAUUUGUAACGUCUCAUCCUGUAACCUAAAUUUUUCCCUCGAAAUAGGCUCCCUCACGUAUUCUUCACUUGGGAGACGAUCGAAGCAACGGCCAGUUGUCUUCUUGCUCAGGCUGAAGACGCCGAGCGUCGUGAUUUGCCACCCGCCUCACAAGAGCGUCUUAUUUUGGAGGAGUUUGGUAGAGCCGUUGAUCGUGUAAUAGAAGCAGCUAGCAAGGUAAAUUUGCAUUUUAGACCCUUUCCUAUCCUUGUUUAGUUUUUUUUCAAUGAAAUCUACUUAUUUUGGGUGUGUGGAACUUUUACUAGGUGGUUGCAGAAGAACCUCGCGAGGCGGAAGCUUUGGUCAAUAAAUACUCGAAUGAUUACACUCUAGCUUGCUAAGUCAUUAAACCCGUGUGCUUAAACCGGGCGGUCCUGCUGGACUCACUUCGUUCGAAUUUGAUUACUUUGUAUUUUAAAUAAGAUACUGAAUAACAGCUUAGACCAAUCAUUCAAGGUUAGAAUGCCAACUUUUAUAUGGCAAAGAUACCAUCUAGCAGAAUUCUUAACACGCAGGCCUUCGGGAGGUCACAUCUGACCGUGUACGAGUGUUCUUUCGUUAAUCUUAAGCAUCUAAUUAUAGGGAUUGAGUUCUGCCAAAAUCCUGCAUACUAACCCCUGCUAAUUUCCUCUUAAUCCUAAGGCUCAAGUUCGCCCACGGACGUCCCAAAUGCCCGGAUCGGGUGUAGGUGCUACGGGCCUGCCCGAGGACAUGACCGUAGGUUCGAGUCGCGGUCCUAUGGGUUCUGCUUCUGCUGGCGGGACUGGAGGCAUGCUUCACGGGGACGACGAUGAUGACGGAGACAUGUUGCGCGACCUGGACCACGACGACCCGGAUGACCUCCUGGAUGAGGAAGAUGUGGAUGAGGACGAUGAAGAUAUUGAUGACGACAGAGACCUCCUGAGAUCAAGUCGGGAGCGCCACUCGCAACAUCACUCACAUCAUCGACACCAACGCGGCGAGGAAAUGGGUAGAAGUAUGUCCGGUGUACGCCAUCCACACCAGCGUGUACCCCCGAUGCUUGAUGAUACCAUGGACGAUGAGGAGGAGGAUGAUGAUAAUCGGGCCACAGGUGGGAACAGCAUGAUUCGUUCACAUAGAAUGCCGUCCGUUAAGUUUAUCUCCCGAGGGCGUCAUUAUGCCCCUCACUCAGGCAGCGGCUCAGCGCGCAAGGGCGCAAAUGUCCCUCCACCGCCGAUAUAG